GACGGUGGCCGAUAGUGGUCUCACCGCGUGGGACCGCACUGCACUUCCCAGAGAGGUGCGCCUGCGCAUUGUGCUGGUCUCCAUGGCGGGGCCUCGGAGCCAAGACGAGAGAAAAUGCUGCUGUGAAGACACAAUUAUAACUUUCAUAUAAAUGAAGCUACAACUGUUAUUUAGUGUCCCCCAAAAGGAAGAACUUUGGUGAACAUGAAAGAACAUUCUGGGGGUGGCAGAAUGCUUGAGGACUGGAAUUUAAACUUGGGCCACUGCCUGAAGCUACUAAACAGUAGGAGAAAAUGGAAUUGAAUAUGAUGCCAGCAUGGAACAGUCUAAUGAUUCAUUAAGAGUCAACUGUAAUGAUGGUGAAGAGUCAAAAACAGAGGCUCAGGAAUUUGAGCAUCUAACCUGUAUGGACUCUAGGGAUUCUUCUUUUGGACAAAAUGAUUCUCCUACAGUUUUGCCCAUUUCUGAUCCUCAAGCAAAUAAUUCACUCAUUUCACAGAAUAUACCAGGGCCCCUAACUCAGACACAGACUCUUUCUGCAGAGGAGUUCCAUCUAGUAGAUCAAAAUGGACAAUCUGUUCCAUAUGAACUUCAUUCACUGGGGGAUUCUAAUGGACAAAUGAUGAUCGUUGCUAGCCCAUCAGAAAAUGGACAGGUGCUUCGUGUAAUUCCAUCUACCCAAUCAGGAAUGGCACAAAUGAUUAUACCACAGGGGCAGCUUGCAGAUAUAAAUAGUCCUCAGGAUGUCUCUGAAGAGAAACCCAGUGAUAGAAACUUACCAGCUGUAAGAGUGGAUGCUCCAGCAGACAACACCAGUAGUUACAUUCUUCAUCCACAAGCAUCUCUUGGUUUGCCCAAAAAAUCAGCAACCAGAAUGCUUGAAGAACCUUUGCUGGCUCCUCUUCAACCACUUUCUUCUAACACACCUAUAUGGGCCUGCCGACUUAGGAGCUGUGAGAAAAUUGGAGAUUCAUACCGUGGCUACUGUGUAAGUGAAACUGAAUUAGAAAGUAUCCUAACAUUUCACAAGCAGCAAACACAGAGUGUUUGGGGGACCCGCCAGUCUCCAAGCCCAGCCAAGCCUGCUACACGCUUGAUGUGGAAAUCCCAAUAUGUUCCAUAUGAUGGAAUUCCAUUUGUCAACGCAGGGAGUAGAGCUGUGGUAAUGGAGUGUCAGUACGGGCCAAGAAGGAAAGGUUUCCAGUUAAAAAAAAUCAGUGAGCAGGAAAGCAGGUCAUGUCAGCUCUACAAAGCUACUUGUCCAGCCAGGAUUUACAUUAAAAAGGUACAGAAGUUUCCUGAAUAUAGAGUACCUACAGACCCCAAAAUUGACAAGAAAAUAAUCAGAAUGGAACAGGAGAAAGCUUUUAAUAUGCUAAAGAAGAACUUGGUAGAUGCUGGUGGUGUUCUUAGGUGGUAUGUACAGUUACCUACACAGCAAGCUCAUCAGUAUCACGAAUUAGAGACUUCCUGCCUCCCUUUGUCACCUUCCCCUUUUCCUGUGUCUUCUCUUGAAGAAGAGGAAACUACAGUUAGAGAUGAGAAUUGUGCAUUGCCAUCACGUCUGCAUCCUCAAGUAGCCCAUAAAAUUCAAGAAUUAGUAUCACAGGGUAUAGAACAAGUAUAUGCAGUAAGGAAACAGCUAAGGAAAUUUGUGGAAAGAGAACUGUUCAAACCUGAUGAGGUACCUGAAAGACAUAAUUUAUCUUUUUUUCCAACUGUAAAUGAUAUAAAAAAUCACAUCCAUGAGGUACAGAAAUCCUUGAGAAAUGGAGAUAUGGUAUAUAACUCAGAGAUUAUUCCAGCAACGCUUCAGUGGACUACAGAUAGUGGGAAUAUUCUCAGAGAGACUGUGACAGUUACAUUUGCAGAAGGAAAUUCACCAGGAGAAUCAAUUACCACCAAAGUAGAAGCAAAUCAGGCUGGGUCUUCUUUGUCUCCAGAACGAACCCACUUGCUCUCCUCACUUUCCUCAUUUCAGCCCAAAAUAUUUACACAAUUACAGGGUUUGCAGUUACAACCACAAUUUACCUCUCCUGAUGGAUCACCAGCUUUGGUAUCAGUAAAUAACCACCCCUCUUCCAGUCCAUCAAGACUUCUGGAUUCGGUAGAAAAUGAUGUAAUGAAUAGUAAUUCUCUACUUCUUGGUCAAAGUCAUAGCCUUCAAACAGAUACAUGCCUAACUCAAAAUAAUAGUACUGCCUCUACCAUGGGUAAUCUCCCAGAACCAGAUCAAAGUCUAGUUGCAGUGGAUCAGCUGGUGGAAGUUGAAGAUAUUGAGGAGACGGAGAAUCUGGAAGGAAGUAUCCAAAGGAUUCUCUUGCGAGAUGUGCAGACCAUUCCAAUACGGAUUAUAGAUAACCACCCAGCUCUUAUUGAAGAAAACCCAGAAGGUACUAUUUCUAUGAACCAAGUUAAACAAGAACCCAAAGAACCAACAUUGUCCUUGGAAGCAAAAAAAAUUGGACUGUAAGAAAUUAUCUGCUACAUAAAUUAUUGAAGCUUUUCAGAAUUUACAACUCUGGUGACUUCUGAUGUUUUAGAAAAGAAGGUGAAUAUUAUCAAAGCACAGCAUUAUGAUAACUGGACUGAAGACUGAUGAGCAGCUUUGAUUUAAAACUGGUAUUUUUGUUGCCAAGUUCAUAUUUUAACCUAUAUUAAGAAAUAUUUUGCCCUUCUUAUUUUGUCUAAUUGUUAUGCUUUUUGGUUAUCUAAUAAGUCAGUAUUUCAAAAGAUUGUUUGAAUUUACCCAUAGUAAUUUAGUCCAAACAUGAACACUUAUCUAACAUUUCUGGAAAUAUCCAGUUUGGUUCAUGUAACACAAAAAAGAACAACA